AUGGCCAACCAAGUAAUUGAGACUAUCACCAAGAAGUUAGAUCAAGUUCUGUUGACUGUUAAUGCAACUUUCUCCAGACUGGGUAAUGAUCCGCAGCCCUACCAACCUCAGUCCAUUUAUCGGCCUCCACAACAGCACUACCAGGCUCCCUCAGAGUCUAAUUUUGAGGAUCGGAUUGUAAAAGUAGUGACUGAGCUGACUAGCAAGAUCAAGCGGUCAAUUAAAUCUCAAGAGGAAAUACAAGUUCAAGCCAUCACCACCUUAAGAAGCGACAAAAUUGUUGACAAUCAUGUGGAGGAGAAGAAGGAUGAACACAAGGAGGUUGCACAGAAUUUGCAGAAUGAUAAAAGCAAGCAAGUAAGCAAUGAGGCUUCGUCAUCAGCAGCAUCCACUCCAGAAAUCCCAUAUGAGCCACCGGCCCUCUUUCCAGAAUGUCUCAAGAGGAAGACCAGAAAUCACAUCCUCAAGAAAGUCCUUUUGAUUGAGCAAGUGAGUUCCCUAAUAAAGCACAACACUCCUCUGAAAUUCAAGGACCCCGAGGCGCCUACAAUUUCUUGCAUCAUCGGAAAAAGAGAGAUUGAUAAGGCACUCUUAGAUCUGGGAGCUGGAGUGAAUUUACUUCCCUAUUCAGUAUAUCAGCAGCUGGGCCUAGGGGAGCUGAAGCCCACCACAAUGAUUCUCAUUGAAGAAUAUAUAGAAGACUCACUACCUAGUCUCCUGACAAAGGAUCCAGUGGAAGCUUGCCUAAAUUAUUUCAACUUUGAAGAAUUCAACACUGACCAGUACAUUCAAGAGGUCCAUGAAUUGUUUGAAACAGCCGCUAGUGCAGAUUUCCAUCCAUGGAGAGUAGUAAAGGAACCCCUACCUGUGACAUCAAGCACUCCUCCUGUUCCAUCCCUACUGUCUCCACUGAAGCUUGAGUUGAAGCCCCUGCCAGAAAAGCUCAAAUAUGCAUUUCUGGGGUCUAACAACACCCUGCCGGUCAUCAUUGCUUCCGACUUACAAAAAGACCAAGAAGACAGUUUGCUCGCAGUGUUAAAGGAGUAUAAAGAGGCUAUUGGUUCGUGGCAGAUUUAA